AUGCCAGGUCCCAUUGAAGACUACGAGGACGAGCUUGGUAACCUGUUGGGUGCGGAUUACGAUGAAGGCCAAGACUGGGAAGCCGCCGAUGAUCUCGCUAAGAUCGAGAACCGCGAGAUCCUGCAAGUCUUAAAGAACACGGCUGUCGCUAACCCGUUGGAUGACGCGCCUGUGCUGCAAGAGUCUCAUAGGGACACGCAGACCGUCUUCCUGCCGCCAGAUUUUCAGCCGGUCACAAACAUCUCCAUCGACCUCCCGCCAAGCACUCUUAUCUCGCCGCGGUACCUUUACCAGGGCCAGGAGCUCCCUGCUCCGGUUGAUCGGGAGUUCACGGCCGUCCAAAAGUUGCUAGAGGAGCAUCGGCGAACAAGUGAAGGAGGGGACGACUUCGUAGACUUUGAACUCGACCAAUUCACCGUAUAUACCGAACCGUAUAUGGGUGGGCUCACCGAAGCCUACGAGAAGAUGCGAUAUCCAGCAGAGAUGCGACCACUCCAACACCUCUCAAUCAAACCUGGCUGUACAGUCAUGUACGUGGACGGCGUCUUGUCAAUUGGCGAUGCUCGGUACUUUGUGCGCCAAGUCCCCUUCGAAGAGCUACCCAUCGGAAACUAUGGCCUGUCUGAGAGCACCGUUGGUCGGGAGAUAUGGAUUCGGUCAAAGAUGAAUACCAAGGCUGCUGAUCGAGGCAAGGAGGACGUUUACUACCGUCUAAAAAACCCUUCGCCAGAGUACAGAAGAUUUCAUAUGGGUUUCAUGUGGGUAGCAGAUCUUGCCAAGCAUGUCGCCGACUACCUCUCUGCUGCGGUAGAUGCUGGACGUCGCGUGUUGUUCAGAGAGUUCCGAUCUGAUUUCAGUGCAUGGCUUUCAAAGCAUCACGGCGCUUCUGAGGCAUUCACUCACUGGCGACAACAGCUACCAGGGAACGACUUCCGCACAGCAAUUGUGGCUAACCUGGACUUUAUCUACAAGGAGGUAUAUGGCCUUCUCGAUUGGCAUAAGACCAAAUCCAUCUACAUGUGGAAAGAGAUUCGCGACUACACCGCCUACCCAGACACUUCAAAGAAGACACCAUCAACCCCAACCAGCGGCGCGUCCUCCCCAGCACCAGGCAAAGCAGCCCAGAUCGAUAAGACUAUCGUCACACCUUAUACAUAUCAGCUCUUCAAUCAUCUGCCGUGUGCCGACGACACACCGAUGGGUUACUUUCAGCAGAGCCACCUGCGUUGCAACCACCAAACUGAGGCUUUCGCCCAUAAAGUCGGCGAUAGUCUUCUCAUCAGUCCUGAGAAUCAUGACGACCUAGCUGAGCCUUAUGAGCUAGUCUCAGGUCCUGACGAGGAGAACAUGGUCGUUCUUAGACGUCUGUUUCGUAGAAGCCAACUGGAACCUAACACGAAUGCACCCCGGAACGAGCUUGUCUACAGCAACGAGACGACUUCGAUCGAUGCUGAUCGCAUCUACGGCAGGUGUCUUGUGCGUUUCUUCAGACACGACGAGCCAUUAUUGCCUCCCUACGACCGGAACGGUACAGCCAACGCGUUUUUCAUCACGCACAGAUUGGAUCCCUUAGGCCAGAUCUCUCCUCUGACUGAUGGCCCCCCGACCCUGAGACAAGGAUUCGACCCCUCGAGGCCUAUGCAUAAGCUUCGAGGCGUCGACCUCUUUUGCGGAGGCGGCAAUUUUGGACGCGGCCUCGAGGAAGGAGGGGCUAUCGAGAUGAAGUGGGCAAACGACAUCAACGUACGUGCUAUGCACACGUACAUGGCAAAUGCCCUGGGCGAGGUACAUCCUUUCGCUGGUUCUAUUGACGAUCUGCAGCGACUUGCGUUAGAAGGCAAGUUCAGCGAUAAAGUUCCGAAGAUUGGUACAGUGGAUUUCGUAUCUGCUGGUAGCCCAUGUCCCGGCUUCUCUCGCCUCACCGUCGACAAGGCUACCCCUGAGCAACGCAAGAACCAGUCACUUGUUGCCGCUUUUGCUUCUUUUAUCGAUACCUACCGACCUAGAUACGGCUUACUGGAGAACGUCCUGGAGAUCGUGCAACCACGCCGGGAAAAGAACGAAGACGUGUUCUGCCAACUGAUCUGUGCCUUGGUUGGGCUUGGGUAUCAGACGCACUUCUUCUUAUUAGACGCAUGGUCCUACGGCUCGCCACAGAGCCGAAGUCGUGUGUUCCUAUGCUUUGCAGCUCCGGGCCACAAACUCCCGGAACUACCUCUUCAUUCGCAUUCGCACUAUCAGCCAGUCUUUCGUUCCAAAACCCUUGGCAAGUUGCCUAACGACGAGCCGAUGGGCGAGCGGCUGGUGAUGCCCACACCAUUCAAGUUUGUUGGAGCCGCAGACGCAACUGCGGAUCUACCUGAUAUCAUCGAUGCCAAGGUUGAUAUCUGCAUUCCCUUCCCAGACCACCGUCUUGCACAUGGUUACACAAAGUAUCUCCGGAACCAACUGAGCGCCAUACCAACCCACCCCUAUGGCAUGAACUUCACAACCACUUGGAACAAGGGUCGCGGGAUCAUGACGAAGGCAGAGAGAAAUCUUUUUCCUGCUGCGGGCUUGAGGGUCACACAGGCGUCUUCGCGUGCGUGGAGCAGGUGUUUCCCCCAACAAGUCAUGCAAACGGUGACAACAGUACCUUCUCCGGCAGACGCUCGAAUCGGUAGGAUUCUGCACUGGAAUCAGAAUCGGAUUUUGACGGUCAUGGAAGCUCGGCGCGCCCAAGGGUUCUUGGACCACGAAGUAAUUCUGGGACAACCGAAAGAUCAGUGGAGAGUAGUCGGAAACAGUGUCGCGAGAGAGGUGUCUCUGGCUUUGGGAUUGUCUUUUCGAGAAGCCUGGCUCGGCUCUCUGGUCGAUGGGGAUGAGGCUGACCCUACGCCGGGCCAACAGCCGAUACUUAACGACAUGGAUAUCGCACAACUGAACACACCGCCUGGGCCAAGUUCUAGGAGUACCCCUAGUGCUGGUGCCGAUGCUCUGGACUCUUCCCGUCCACCGAAGCGGCCCCUCGAGAGCACUUUGGAAGUGCAGUUGUUUGUGACCAAGAUGGCUAAGACCAGUGCAAACGGCGAGUGA